CUUCUUCAAACUACAUAUAUACACAUACAUAUCAAUAAAAGCUACAUAAACAUAUUAUUUUAUUACAACUUACACCAAAAAUGUCUCAUUGGUCAGCUGAAAAUGCUACUAAAGCUUACCUUAGAACCAUAAAAAUGGGUAAAAGAGGUAAAGAGCCUGAUGUAGCAGAGUUCAUAUCAGCUUUAGCAGGAGGAAACAAUGCUCAACUCAUGGUGGAGGUUUGUGGUUCCACUGCAGGCUCAAAUACCUUAGCCUUAGUGGCUGCAGCCCACCAGACUGGCGGACGAGUCGUCUGCAUCUUGCCCAGCCAAAAAGAGCUACGUACCUCGAAAUUCGAGUUGAUGUCACGUUAUGUAAAUCGUAUAGAAUUUGUGACAGGUGAUGCACUCUCGUUGUUGAGUAAUGAGUAUAAGAGUGCAGAUUUCGUGACAGUUGAUUGCAAUAUCAACUGUCACGAAAUGAUUUUUAAAGAAGCUCAAAAUGGAGGAAUUGUUGUAGGGUACAAUGCACAACAUUUAGUGCCAUCAAGUAAUGAAUUAGGGGGACAUUUUUUACCCAUUGGAGAAGGAUUAUUGGUAAGCAAAGUGCCUAAACGUCAUGAUUUUAGAUCAAGUUACAAUGGAAAAAGGAGUAAAUGGAUAGUAAAGGUGGAUAAAUGUACAGGGGAAGAGCAUGUGUUUAGGAUUACUUGCCCUCAACAGAAAAUAAUUCAAGCUUAGAGGUCGAGUGAUAUCUAUUGUUGUAGUACUACUUCUUUCGGAGUUUUAAAUGCAACAAAUGGGUAUUAUUUGUGAGAUAUAAUUAAUAUUUGUUUGUUGCAUUUAAAACGAAACGGAUGAAGUAUAUUAAGAUGUAAAUAUAUAUGAUCUUCAAGUACUUUGUAAUUUGUGACGCACAUCUAGCUUUGUUGUUUUUGUAGAAGUUUAGAUGUUUGCUACUAUGUAUAAGUUGAAUUAGGGCCUAGGGAUGAAGAGGGACAAACUAAUGUGGCAUUCCUAAAGUCCUCUUUUGCAUAUUUGUAUUAGUUUCAAUAGAUUUUGUAUGUCUAAAACUGGCAUAUUUUUAGAGAUUACCAUCUAUCAACUAAUGAAGUUUCGUUGCAUUUGCAAAA